CCUCAUUGGCAGAGCUGCUGGCAUAUGCACAGCUGUCAGGCUCACUGACUUAUUACAGUUCCAGACCUUGAUGACUCUGCAGCAUUUGCUCACUAACCGAGAGUCCUUUGCACAACCUGUAGCUGAGAAGGGGAAAAAUUCGUCCUAGUGCAGCCUGAUUACAUGCAGAGGCGCUCCAGAAACAGGAAAUAACAAAUCAAAGAGAACAGAGGAGUCAAGUGAAAGUCAGAUUCCUAGCGUCGUCGGCCUCACUACAUGAAAUGGAGUUUGCUUAUGCGCUGCUGGUGUUAAUAUUGGCAGUUUUCAUUGCUGCUUUCAUAUUGUUAGUCGUGGGGACAAUUUAUUUUGAUUUCUCCAACUCAGAAAUCCCUCUUGGAGUGGACCAGCCUGUAAAGCUCCGAAUCGUUCACAGUAUUUUGAUUGGCACAGCGGUUCUGGGGAAGAUUUUGGAGAAGCUGGGUCUGUGCAGUCAACUUGGCUUCACCCGCUAUAUGCGACGGGGAAAGAAAUUAGGGGAGGACCCAAAGCUCUUCAUGAAGGACCUGCAGUUUGGGAAGGUGCCAGUGAGGAUUUACCAGCCUAGAGUGCCUUCUGCUGGCCGAAGGAGAGGAGUCCUCUACUUCCAUGGAGGAGGCUGGAUGUUUGGAAGCAUUAAUGCCUAUGAAACUGUGUGCCGCUAUAUCGCCAGAGAAAGUGAAUCGGUGGUCAUGUCUGUUGAGUAUCGUCUGGCACCAGAGCACACGUACCCAGCACAGUAUGAGGACUGUCUCACUGCUACCACCUGCUUUAUGAAGACUGCAGAAGACUAUGGAGUGGAUCCUGCCCGUAUUAUCAUUAGUGGGGACAGUGCUGGGGGCAAUCUUGCUGCUGCUGUUUGCCAAACACUAUUUAUAAAAGACAUUGGGAAACCCAGCAACAGCAUCUAUGGGACUGACUUUAUUUGCUUCCCUGACCACAGAACAGAUCGAACAGUGAGGAGAACAAUUAUGAAGAAACUUGAUGGCCUGCCAAAGCAGCAUCUGUUUAUGCAUCAUGAAGAACCGAACAACCGAAAUUUAGUAACUCAAUACGAUGAUCAUUACAACAGACAUGGCUAUAAUCCUGUGUUGCCUCCGCUCCGUAGAUGGAAUGGACAAAAGCUAGCCUGGCUCCCGGAGAAAUCAGAUUUCCCCAUUUUCGAACCACCCACCAACUAUGGCCUUUUUGAGCAACUAAUGAAAAAAUGGACCCACCAAGAGGCAGGAGUGAUGAACAGUGUCUACACUGUUUCUUAUGAGAUGCCACCUGUUUCUGCUUUUGCCGUUCGCCGACGUCCGGUCACAAAUGGCCACCGGUCCACUCCGCGAUGGGUAGCGUCUUCCCCACAACCUCCGUGCAAGUCUGGAAUGUGAUGGCUCACCAAAAUGCCUGCAAGCUCCUGAGCAGCCGGUCAGAGACACGGCAGCCAUUGACGCCACACUGUACCAUGCUUCUUGCCAUACUCUAACUGCUAUUUAAAUACAACAUGUUGCCCAAACACUAAGACGAUUCUGGUCCAUGCGCUAUUGGCAGAAAUAGGAAUUAGGCUGUAUAGAGGGAGUGGUGUCUACUGGUUGGAGCAGAGCACUGGAAUGUAGGGUGACUGGAUUACAUUCCCAGCUCUGCCUUUGACCUGUGGCAACUCCACAGGGUGGACUUUGUUUCCCUUACUCGAAUCAGACAUCUGCAUGAUCUUUCUGUGCUGCUGUGAAUGGCUCUGAGUUCACCUUUGUGCAUCAGCUUUGCCUAUGUACUGACAAAAGUCACCAUCAGUCACUGCCUCUACUAAGCGAGUGACCUUAUUCAAUUUAGGGGUGGGUGUGGCCCUUCUGUGCCUCUCCCUUGUGGAAAGAAGCAGUAAGGUAUAUAUUCCAUAUACAGGGAGAGUACCCUAUAUAUUUACACACGUUACACAUGAGGACUGUCAUCUAUGCCAGGGACCACUUUUAUAUUAGAGUGAAUACAGGCUCGUUCAUGAGCGCAAUAGGUAAACCAUAUGCUGCUUCCAUGGCAUCUGCCUGUUUUGCAUAUUUUUGUUUUACCUGAGCAUUUGUAAAAUGGCGUAGGAUCUUGGCCUACUUCAUGGCUGUGCGUGUGGGGGUGGGUGAAUAAUGUUUAUGAAGUGCUCUGAGAUCAUCAGCCUGGAAGGUACUAUUACGUAAGUGCAAAAAGAUCAAAACAAAGAAAUCAACACAGUUCUGUUCAGGCUAGGAAGAAGUUGGGGUAUUUGACUGGGAUUUAAUUAGUUUGCAAUUUGUAAUGAGUUUGACUCAUGCCUACCAAAAAUUCUAAGUGCUUAGUGGUUGCGUUAAAAGAUUUGGGUGAAUAAAAUUUAGUCUUUCAGGAUAAAUGGGAUUUGACUAACUCUUAGUCAGGCCUGUUUUGAUUACAUUUUGUACACUGUGAAUUCAACCUGAUCCCUCAAAGCCAGAUUGUCCCAUCCGAACUCACAGCUACGGAACUACUUGUGUAAGUGCUUGCCAGUGUGAGUAAGGCUGGAACAAUCUAACCCUACCAGGAAAUCAUGCCAAUCAACCCAUUGCCGAGUAAGGUGUUAUUUUGAAUAAAGGGUGCAGAAUCUGUGUCUCAGUCUUCACUUGCAUUUUGCACUCAAGUACAAUAAUAACUUCUAAAGGGAGAAACUUGUGGCAGUAAAACUGUAUCUGUUUAGAUGAGCCUUCAAACUGGGCAGAAUACACAAACUAAGUUUGUUUCCCUAAAUUGGUUUACAAAGUUCAUAUAAUUGUGUGCAUGUGGGGUUUUUUCAUUUGUUUGUUUAAAAACAAAUUCAGUCACUUUUUAAAAGCAGAAAUAAAUCAAUGCCUCCAGUUCAGUUUUCAUGGGCAACCCUACAAAAACAAACUUAACAAUAAGGAGAAAACCAGAGUGGGAGGGGGAGACCUCUUUAAAAGCUGUUGAUUUAAACAGGUUUUUGUCAUUAGAUAUAUGGCAAUUUCACUAUCAACAACUUCAUUGUCAUGACAGGUGUCGUUAUAAAGUGAGGCAUCUCUAUUUAGGACAGGUUUCACAAUGGUAAUGGUUUUAUAUAGUGUGUCCAUUUCUCACUACUGCUCAUUUCAGAUUAGGGGACAGGCUGUUACAGAUUGUGAUAUAACUAUUAAAUCAA